GGACAAGAGUGUAAUAACAGAUUUGAGGAGCCAUGUUGGAUUGAAGUUGAGAUUGUCUCUAAAAUUACAAUAUAAAUUGAUUAAAAAUGAGAAGGGUAUGGAGAUCUGUAAGAUGAUGAUGGCUGCCGGCAGCGGCCCGUACCUUAGGUACAAACAAUUUUCGGCAAUUUAUCGAACCCAUUCAUUUGUUCCCGGCUGACAAUGAUCUUGGGUAAUCAAGUCAUUGCGACAACAAAGCACUCCGGAGUGGUUCUCGGCUGUUAUAUAUCUCGAGCGCAACCCAGAAAUAUAGGUGAAAGAGUAAAGAUGCAAGUGUUGUUUUGUCACACCUGGAAACAUCCAUUGAAUCUCUGGCGCAUACAAACAACAUUGGUGCUGGGACAUGUUACAGGGCGAACUCGAUUAAUCUGCUGGCUCUGAUCACUGACAUUCGGGUAUUGGUCGUCGGGGACGGCAGAGCGACGACUUUGGCAAUAUAUUUUUUAAAGCUUUCUUUUUUUUUUAUCUUUUCUCCUUCUUUUGUAGCUUACUCUUCCUUCCCUCGACAAAAUCGAGUCUAACUCGCCCAGCUUGUUCUUUCUGCCGAAAUAUGGCGGAGCGAAAGAAUUCAGAGACUGGAGCGAGCAGACAAUCUCAUGCACCACCAGCAGCUUCAUUUCCUACACACAACUCGCCGAGGACGUGGUUGAUCACCGAGUCGUUAUCCCCAUUGGCGAUACGUCUUAUUCGCCUUUUGCUAGCCCACGGCGACUAUGUGGUAGCAUGUCUGCCACCCCAGGAGAUAGAGGACGAAGCUAGGAGUGCCGAGUUUCGUGACCUCAUCAGCGAGUGCAAGAGCAAUCGCAAGGAUCGUGAGGGUUGGAAGGACCGGAUCCGAGGCAUACGCUGCGAUGGCCGUGCUAUGGGUCCAUGCGGCGCUGCCGUUGCCGAAGCUAUCCAGGCCUUUGGCCGUAUAGAUAUCCUGCUUUGCUGCAAAUUUGAAGCUGUCGUCGGCACAGUGGAAGAACAGGCCGUCUCUGCAAUCACCCAGAACCUAGUGAGGGACCAGUUCGAGACCAUUUUCUUCUCACAGGUCAAUUUCAUCAAGGCAACACUACCGCACCUCCGGGCACAACGCACCGGCCACAUCAUGAUCCUUAGCACCAUCGGCGGACACAUAGGCACUCCAGGCAUGCCUAUUUACACAGCUUCAACCUGGGCCCUCGAGGGCUUCUGUGAUUCGCUGGCUUAUGAGAUUGCGCCGUUCAAUGUCAAAGUGACCAUUGUGCAGCCUAAUAUGGAAAUACAAUCGCUCACAAACCGCGUUACCUUCACACCCCAGCUCCCAUACUACGAUAGCGAUGCCAAUCCGGCGCCUUCUGUACGAGAUAUGCUUAUGAACGUUGUGAAUUCCAACCCAGAAACCGCCAUCGAGCCCUCACAUAAGGGGGUGGUCUCUCGGUACCCGAAGCUGCCUCCCCAGGUGGUGGAGAAGCUUGUGACUGAGACUGUGCACGCCUUGACGGCUAUUGGCGGCCAUGAAAAUCCACCCGCCCGCCAUAUUGUCGGCUUCGAGGGCGCUACCGCGGUCAAGGAGAAGCUGCGGACGGUGACAGAGGAGUUGGAGGACUUCGUCGAGGCCAGCCUGUCAGUCGACAUAGUCGAGAGUGAGCAGAAAACCGAGGCGUCAGAAAAGGAUCAAGCCCCGGAAUCAAGCGGCUGAGACGGGUUAAUCCCCGAUUCUCGUGCUGUGUUGACCUGAGGCUGUAAUACUAGAAUAACGCUCAGCAGUUAAAGGUAUCGAAUCUCAUCACACGCAGUCAAACAUCCUCAAAAGUUAGGCUCCGAUUGCUGUCUUGCUCAUGAUCGAAAGUCUAUUUAUAUAAUCCUUGGAUUUGAUGCACC